AUUAUUAAUGAUUCGCGGAUUAACUUCUAUGCUUUUAGUUAGAAAUCAAGAAACUUUAGAUGAUUUUACAACUUUGGAAGUUUCUCCCGAUAAUAGAACAACUUUGGCUCGUCGUGCAGAUGUAUAUAGCAUAUUGGAACGUUAUGAAGAGGUACUUGAAGAACUCAAUGAUUUAUUAGAAAUUAAUUCAUAUGAU